GGCCGUUUUAGUGCCAAGAUGAUGAACAGAAACCAUUACUGGACAUGGACGCUCUCAGCCUCUCGGCUCAGAUGCCAACUGUGUCUAUGAGGGAAUAGAAUGUUCUCUAGACCUUCUGUAAUCUUGUAUAGAUGGUAUAUAAUCGCCCCGUCCUCGCUCAACGAUGCGGGACAGGCUCAAGUUCUACACAUCCAACCCAAAGGCACUUUCGUCCUGACAACCUCUCAUCCUCUUUCCUUUCACCAUGUACGCCUACAGAAAAGGUACCCAGCUCGUCGAAAUCCAAGAUUAUGACGAAAGGCGAAGAAUUCAAAACCUCUUGGCCCAGCGCAGAUGGCGUCAAAAGGCUCGCCAGAGGGGAAGAAGCAACUCGCAACAGAGUCAGAGCCAGAGUCCCGAGCCCAAGUCGGAGUCGUCACCCAGUCCUCCCUAUAUGGGGUCACAACAGCAGCCGCGGUCUACCCCCGAAGCUGGGGUGAUCUAUACUACCCAACCCGAUUCACACUCUCCUUGGAUGUCGCCAUCUCCCCAGACCCCUUUCAUGGACCCCAAUAGUAUACCACAGUUGCCCAUGAUGGUCGAUCCGAGUCGCUCCCCUCCUGGGUUACCAGUGCAAGAACCACUCUAUGGACACCCGACGACACCCGAACCCACAGUGGGGUAUGCAUAUAUCCCGGCCACCUCCACCAGUUAUCCGCAGACGAGUAUGGCAGCAGAUACCACCCAAGCUGCCCCGUAUCCGAUGGCACAUUAUGACCCUCAACUCGCCAUCCCAGUGCCAGGCCCUGGAGUUCCCACCCCGGCAAAUAUGGAUUCAGAUGUGAAACGAAAGAUCCUGGAGUCGCUGGAGGCAGCAGAAGGACUUUUCGAUUGCGGAGUGAUGUUGAACGUGUUCCCCGCGGACGACACCUUCCAGCGGCUUGUCGCCGAGGCUAAGUCGCGAUUUCUUUCACUUUCGGCCACGGUAUCAUAAACCGUAAGCCGGACCUUGACUAUCGCGCGCGGACAUAUAUUAGAGGUGGAGUUCUUGGCGAUCAUGUACAUAUACACAUUGGCGGGAUGGCGUGUUCAGACUAAAUUAACCGAGCGGGUCUCGUUGGUUUGGUUUUCUUUCUUUCUUUCUUCAUGUUUUUAUUUUUAUUUUUAUUUUUUUUUUCUUGAGGUGUUAAAAGUUGGGGGGUGGGAAUUGAAAGACUGC